CGAAAAUAAUAAAUCUUUACAACAACAAUUAAUUGAAUAUUUUGGAACCCAGAGAAUAGGAAGUACCCCACUUCCUCCAAUAAUAAUCAAAAAUCUUAGCCGUGAUUUACGUCCUUAUCAAAAAGACGCUUUUCGCUAUUUUAUUAACUACUGA